ACCUGACCAUUUUCAUUCACUUUGGAAAAUUGAACAAUCGAUAUGUGUGUAACACUCGGUCGAUUGGGGUGUUUUACGUUGAGGAAUUUUGCACUUCUGUACAUUUGUGCGGUUGAGAUGAAAAAUAUGAUUAUCGGGUGCUUUUGGUAGAUUACAUAAAAGGUCAUGAGACAAUUUCACAGGAACUGAGGUACAAAUGUUGGUUCGCAGGCUUUAAAUGUGUGUUUAAAUGAAGCUUGCAGUGUAGAAAUCGGGUCGAGGAAAGGGCAAACGAAAAUUUUUAUCUUUUAUUGAUUAGGGUGCAAUAUAAAGCACGCGAGUGUCGAUUCGAAUAUUUUCAAUAGUUUAGUGAAAGCGUGAAAAAAACCCGAAAUAAUAUUCGUUCUCAAGACCCAAAAUCACUGUGCUUCGGUGGAUUGCAGCUAGAUUUUAACAUCUUAAAUCAUUUCUCCUAAACUUCUUGGUUGAAAAAAAAAAAUAAACCCAACAUGCAGCCACCCCCUCGAAAAGGAAACUACACCAAAUUUUUGAAAAAUCUCCAUUCCGAACAAUUAGCAAAACUUGCUCUGAAGAACCAAAAUGAAUGUGAACUUCUCGAGGACAUCCGUCAGUUUACGCUCAAGCGUUCAGCAAUCGAAAAAUCAUACAGCGAAGCGCUGCUCAAAAUUUCGUCGGCAUAUCUCAACAAGAAGCAGGCAUGUAUACCGGAAAUUAAAAUGGAUGGAGCAGAGGAGAAAUGGAACAUGUGGAGUGUUUGGCAAACGGUGCUGGAGGAAAACGAGAAGCUGGCACGAGCUCGUCUCGCAGCUGUAGAGGUAUUUCAACAGCAGAUUGCCGAUGAAGCGAAGCUGCUUCGUAGUAGCAAAUUGGCAAGUAGCAAAAAAGGCGUAGAACAUCUGAGUCAGGUUCAGAAGGAACUGCAACUAUCCGUACAGGACGUGGAUAAAACAAAAAAAUGUUACUUCGAUGAGGAGCAUUGUGCCCAUGAUGUUCGUGACAAGGCACGAGACAUUGAGGAAAAAUUGAAAAAGAAAAAAGGUUCGUUUUUCCAGUCGAUAACUUCUUUGCAGAAGAAUAGUGCCCGAGUGACAUCACGCAAAGAACAACUGGAGGAAAAAUCGACAGGGGCGAGGAAUGACUACAUUUUAAGUUUAGCCUCAGCUAACGCACAUCAAAACCACUACUUUACCAUUGAUCUGCAAACCACAAUGGCAACGAUGGAAAAUUAUGUUUACGAACGGGUAGCCGAUUAUUUAGCAUUGAUUGGUCGUACAGAAUUGUUGACUUGUUCGGCAACACAGAAUUCGUUUGGGAAAAUUCGUGAUCAAGCGCAGCAGUUGACGCGUGAAUACAAUCUACAGUGCUGUUACUUAUACUAUCCUGUACUUAAGCAGCACAUUCAGUACGAGUUCGAGCCGUGUGACAAUGAUCCUAUUAGAAAGAUUACUGCGGAUCAUGAUUCUGCCGCAGAGACUCUGAAUAGAGAAGGAAAGCGAUGGGCGGGACGCGUUGCACGGGAAAAUAACGUAAUUAGGGAAAAUGCUCGAAAACUUGCUGUAUGUACAGCGUUGCGGGAGGCUGGACAUCGCAACGAUCCUAACGAUCAAAAUGGGCCAGAUUUAGAAACAAAGAUCGACGAGUUCCGUGAAAACAUACGCAAAGCAGAGACUGCAAAAUGCAAGGCGGAGGCAAGGCUAGAGUGUUUACGGGCCGGAGGAAUUAGUGUCGACGAGUGGCUGCAAGAAGCGGAAACACUUAGCGUGCAAGAAAUGCCUCGAUCCGCUAGUUCGUUAUCGAUGCGUACCGAUGCUUCUGGUCAAGGGGAAAAUCCAAGUUCAGAUUCGUUCUAUGACAGUGACAAUGCUGAGCAGGAUCAACCGAUAUCUGAAUCUUCACCAGCUCCGAAACAACCAGAACCUCCGAUCGAUGAUUUCCCUGUCGAAAGUGAUGAAGACGAAGAUUUUGAAGUCGAACAAGAACGUCAGAAGAUUGAACAAAUAUCGCAUGGCUGGGACGAUCCCAUUCAGGAUUGGGGAGCAGAAGAGACUGCACCUGCUGCUUCCGCAAGUGCUGCGGCUUCUGUGUCAGCGCAACAACCGAUGGGACAAACAUUUAAGUGCACUGCACUGUAUUCUUAUACUGCACAAAAUCCGGAUGAACUGUCCAUAGUCGAGAGCGAGCAACUAGAAGUAGUCGGAGAUGGCGAUGGUGAUGGGUGGUUGCGUGCACGCAAUUACCGUGGCGAGGAAGGAUUUGUUCCUCAUAAUUACUUGGACGUCGAACGUGACACUCCAGUGGAUACACAUACACCGGCGCAGCUUUCAACACAAAUAUCUUUCUCCUCAGUUGACUAUACAGUGGACAACGAAGACCAAGAUCAAAUGCAAGAUUCCGGUCAAUCUCCUGACCAAAUUUCGGUGAUCUCUGCCCCGAGAAAGGUGCACCAAAUGUACUGUAUUGCAUUGUAUGACUAUGAUGCCACAGCAGAGGAUGAACUCACUUUUGAAGAAGGACAGAUUAUAAAACUAAUUACCAAGAGCCCCCACGGAGUAGAUGACGGAUGGUGGGAAGGUGAGUUGAACGGAAAAAUCGGUAACUUUCCCUCCUUGGUUGUGGAAGAAUGUGACGAAAAUGGGGAGCCAUUGACCGAUGCCGAGGACGAAUCUCCGCCACCAUCCGCUCCACCAACAUUUGCAGCACCUGCACCACCUCCCAUGGUUCUCCAGGAAGCAACGCCACCGGAGGGUCAAAGUCCAACUCUAGACACUAACAGUUCGGUACCGGCGAUUGAUCGUUUCGAGUUUGAAAUGGACAAUAACCAGCACGAUAAAUAUGACUCGCAGUUUUCUGCUCCCCCGCCAUCGCAGCCACCACCAGUGGUAAUAUGUGAAGAACCGGAGUCCGAAGAGAUGGAAUCUGCUCCCGAUACAACGGCAGCUACUGCUAGCGAAAGCGAGAAUCAGCUCAACUUUGCUCAAAUCAUAGUAACAGCCGCUACUCCCAUGCACGAGGACGCCGAUAAAAAAUUCCCGCCACCACCGGCUAACGAAGAAGAUGACGAUCAGGGUGAAGACAACCAGCCAGAAGAAAUCGUUGAGAAGCAGGAGCAGGAAAAGCAAGAGGUCAGUGCGAAGGAGAAGUCCAAGGCAGAGUCUCCUCCCAAAGAACAACCACAGCAGCCAAAACAGGCACCGCCAUCGAAACCACCAACUCUGCCAAAGCCUGUGAAGCCACCCUCACCACCGAAACCGGCGAAAGCUGAAUCUCCACCAAAGGAGCAGCAUAAGGUGACCUCACCACCCGUCAACGAAAUACUCGAGGAAGAAUCUGAUGAAGAAGAAUUUGCACCAGCACCCUUGGAGGAGCCAGCAGCUCCCUUUGAAGCCACAUUCGAUGCCAAAUUUGAAGCCAACUUUGCUGCUAAUUUCGAUGAUGCUUUUGGAAAUGGUCCCGCAGAAAUACCGAAGCAGGUGGUAGGCGGCAGAGCAAGCAUACCCGAGGAACUCGAACCACAUCAGUUGGCGCGUUUGCAAAAUCUCAAGGAGUCCAAUGCAUAGGCCAGUCGCUAAACAUGCUUGGGUAGAUAAGUUCCGGGUAAAGAUAAUCCAAGGCCUGUUGAAACAUUUUCAAAUUCAAUAACUUAAAUGCCGAAAAUAAAACGAUCAGUUUAGUAUAACAAAUACCAUACUUGCCGAGAAAUGCAAUCACGCUAGACAAGUCAUGAUAUGUUCGAAUCGCAAUUGUGUAAUUCAUGUAGAAAUAUUCCUUUUAGAUUUGUAUGAUAUAUGUAUGAUUGUUUGAGUAUGUACUUACAUAUAUGUUUAGCAAAUUCUACAAUCUCGACGCUAGAUGAUACAACCAUGAAUGUAAAAACGCAAUAACAUCAUUCGAAUUUGAACUGCAUUCGGUGUCAAUAUAACGAUGGUUCUCUCAGAUCAUAUCGCUAGAGAAAUUUAAGGUUUUGAACAUAGGACCAGUAACGUACAUGUAACGUGCAAUCGCCGAAAAAUGGAUUUUCUCGUGGUUUUCUCCGUAACGAGCUUGUCGCCUUCAAUUUUCCAUCGGAUGUGUAAUUGAAUCAUUACACGUAUGUGAUUUGUGAUAUUUUUUCCCAAGAAUAUGCGUUAACUUGCAUAAAAUUAUUGGUAACGAUAGUCGCAAAAUGUAUCGUCUUGAGUCGCUAGUGAGGGAUAGCACGGAAGCCAUAUAAAUGUAUUCACUCGAAAUAGGCAAUUCACAUGCUACCUGAAUCAAAUGCUUUUAUGAUGAGUUUAACCUGCUCCUUCAAUAUAUUCUCACUAGGCUAUAUAUUUAACGCUAUUGAAAUAUUCCGGUUAGAAACUAUCAACAAAAAAGCAUACCUAUGAGACACGUGUGUUAUGUAGAAGCAUAAUCCAAUGUGGUAACUAACAACUGAAUAAUAGACGAUUCUAAACAGUUGGUCGAAAAAAAGAAAACAACUAUUGCCUAUAACAAAACUAGUCUACAAUUACUUCGUUAGUAACCCACAACACAAAUAUAUGAGAAAUCCGUAUAAAAAGCAUUCUUAGCAUAUUAUGUAUGGCGCGAUCUGAAGUAAUAGUUAUGGAAAAAUAUAUUAUCACUAACCAAUUGUAGGUUUAACGACUAAUUACUGAGCAAAAGCUUUCCACGCUGUAUGGAUCACGAAUUAGCAGUAACAGAGAUUAUCUCCGAUUGCAAUACGUAUAAACUCGAUAACAACUUCGGUACAACUUGAGAAGUUAUUCAAGCGAGGGAUUCUGUUGAAUAAGUUAACAAUUUGCGCGUACUAUUUCACAACAAAAGCUGUAACUGGCUAUGCUAUACUGUUUAUGAGUUUAGUUCUAUCGACCUACUGAAAUUUGAGUUGCAGUUCAAUACUAUACCUACCUGUAGACCGUUGAAAUUGUUGAGCUGCUAUACUAUCGUAAAUAACUGAACUAGAUACAAAUCAAUAAGCUGCAAUAUCGCAAAAUUUACUGUUUUACGUAACCUUAUUAGAAAAGCCUGAAAUCGUUCUAGACUUAAACUAAUCGAAUAUGUACCUAUUCUGUGUAGCUAUCUUGAAUCUUUUUUUUUGUUUUUUUUUCAUGAGAAUAUAUUGCUCGCAGAAGCUGUAGUUAAUAAUCGAAUAUUAACCUGUAGUGUACACAUCUUCAGUAAAUGUGGAUGGCCAGUGAAACCAUCACCUUUUCGAAUAGAUAUCGGAAACAUUUUACGGUUCAUUAAUUCAAGAGUUCAUUAUUGUCACCGUUUAACGAAACAUGAAAGUUCAGGAGUGAUUGUUUUGUUAUAUCUGAUGUCAAUAUUAAAAUCUUAUAUAAUUAUUGUUAGUAUCAUUAUUAUUUUAAUGAUAUUAUAGGUAUGUAUAAUCAUAUAUUUGAUUAAAUCCUCUACACAGAAAUCAUACAGAAGAGCAAAAAUAAAUGAAUCAAACAGAA